CCAGAUUAGAUUGUUUUUACAGGUUAGAUUUGAAGAAUUGGAAUAGGCUUAAAGAGUAAUAUUAAAAGGAAGAGGAUUAUAGAAAAAUCUAUCAAGUUUUCUAAAUCCAGCAUCUUUUUUCCCAACGGAAGAGAAAGCAAAACCCAAACUAAGAUUUGUUAUUUUAUAACUGAAAAACACUGAAUGUGGGUUUGAAAGAUUGCUGAUUUAAAGACCUUGAUGUAGAAUAUAAAUAGUUUCUGGAAAGAACACUGAUGACUUCAAAGCAAAAUGAAGUUCUUUCUACUGCUUUUGGCCACUGGGUUCUGCUGGGCUCAGUAUGACCCACAUACCAAAUAUGGACGGACAUCUAUCGUCCAUUUGUUUGAAUGGCGCUGGGCUGAUAUUGCUCUUGAAUGUGAGCGAUAUUUAGCUCCCAAAGGAUUUGGAGGGGUUCAGAUCUCUCCACCCAAUGAAAAUGUUGUAAUUCAUGACCCUUCAAGACCUUGGUGGGAAAGAUACCAGCCAGUUAGCUACAAAUUAUGCACAAGGUCUGGAAAUGAAGAAGAAUUCAAAGACAUGGUGACUAGAUGUAACAAUGUUGGUGUCCAUAUUUAUGUGGAUGCUGUGAUCAAUCACAUGUCUGGAAGUGGUGUGGCAGCAGGAACAAGCAGUACUUGUGGAAGUUAUUUCAACCCUGGAAAUAGAGAUUUUCCAGCAGUACCAUACUCUGGUUGGGAUUUUAAUGAUGGUAAAUGUAAAACUGCAAGUGGAGAAAUUGAAAGCUAUAAUGAUCCUUAUCAGGUCAGAGAUUGUCGUCUGGUUGGUCUUCUUGAUCUUGCCCUGGAGAAAGAUUACGUGCGUUCCACGAUUGCUGCAUAUAUGAACCAUCUCAUUGACAUUGGUGUGGCAGGAUUCAGAAUUGAUGCUUCCAAACACAUGUGGCCUGGAGACAUGAAGGCAGUUUUGGAUAAACUGCAUAAUCUAAACACAAACUGGUUCUCUGCAGGAAGUAAACCUUUCAUUUACCAAGAGGUAAUUGAUCUGGGUGGUGAAGCAAUUACAAGCAGUGAGUACUUUGGAAAUGGCCGUGUUACAGAAUUCAAGUAUGGUGCAAAACUAGGCACAGUUCUGCGCAAGUGGAAUGGAGAGAAGAUGUCUUACUUACAGAACUGGGGAGAAGGCUGGGGUUUCAUGCCUUCUGACCGAGCACUUGUCUUUGUGGAUAACCACGACAACCAGCGAGGACAUGGAGCUGGAGGAGCAUCUAUUCUUACAUUCUGGGACUCUAGACUCUAUAAAAUGGGAGUUGGAUUUAUGCUUGCUCAUCCUUAUGGAUUUACACGAGUAAUGUCAAGCUACCGUUGGCCAAGAUCUUUCCAGAAUGGAAACGAUGUUAAUGAUUGGGUUGGACCACCAAAUAAUAAUGGAGUAAUUAAAGAAGUUACGAUUAAUGCAGACACUACUUGUGGCAAUGACUGGGUCUGUGAACAUCGAUGGCGUCAAAUAAGGAACAUGGUUGCUUUCCGUAAUGUAGCUAAUGGCCAGCCUUUUGCAAACUGGUGGGAUAAUGGUAGCAACCAAGUGGCAUUUGGGAGGGGGAACAAAGGAUUCAUUGUCUUUAACAAUGAUGACUGGGAAUUAUCUGAAACUCUGCAAACUGGUCUUCCUGGUGGCACAUAUUGCGAUGUCAUUUCUGGGGAUAAAAGUGGUAACAGUUGCACAGGAAUUAAAAUCUCUGUUUCCAGCGAUGGCAAAGCUCAUUUUUCUAUUAGUAACUCUGCUGAGGAUCCAUUUAUUGCAAUUCAUGCUGACUCCAAAUUAUAAAAUACCGAUUAAAUGUA